GCCUAUCGCGCGUCCGAGAACACGCCUCCGGUCGGUCUUGCGCGAACACAUUGAUCAGAUGUGCCUGCGACGUCGGAUGUCUGACCUGCCCUUUAAAAAGUCUGCCCGUUGCCUGCGCUCGCUGCUUCCUGCUUCUCCUCCUCCUUCCUGCUCCCUACGUUUCCUGCUCUUGCCUGUCUUUGCCGUCGCGCCGUUUGCUGUCCAGUUCCACUCCCUCCGCGCCCUGCACCGAACUUCCUCGCCUCUAGGGACCUCCGCGACCCUACAGCGCGAACAGCAUCUACGAAUCUAUCAAUCGGCAACGCCACCCGCAUUCACUACGAAUUCCUCUCGCCCAACAUGUUCGGCCGCACCGCCUUGAGGGCUGCCACCCGAACGGUCUCGCGGCCAUCUUCCUUCACUCCUGUGCUUUCUCGCGCCACUUUCAAAUCAUCGACCAAGGCCAGCGAUCCAGAGGUGCCGGUCAUCUCAUACCGCAAAGGCGAGCGAUCAGAGGCCAAAGUGCAGUACGAGGCCGGCAGCAGCGGCCCAGUGUCGCCUCCCGGUGCAGAUGAGGUCAAGUCUGCGAUCCCACUCAAGCCAGAGGCUCUCCAGCACCUCACACCAACCCUACAAAAGUUCACGCUCAAUGGCAAGAUUGCCGUGGUGACAGGUGGCGCUCGAGGUCUGGGAUUCAACAUGGCGCAAGCCUUGGCAGAAGUCGGUGUGCGAGGUAUCGCCAUCAUGGAUGUGCAGCAAGAGCUUGGUGACAACUCGGCACGCGAACUCAGCGAGCAGACCGGCAUCGACGUUCGAUUCUACAAGGUUGACGUCCGUGACGGUGAUGCUAUGAACCAGACCGUCCGGGACGUGGCCGAGUACUACGGCAGCAUCGAUGUCCUGAUCAACGCUGCAGGUAUUGCAGACUCCAACCUCAAGGCCGAGACAUAUGACGCCGAAAAGUUCCGCCGCCUGAUCGACAUCAACGUUACGGGCUGCUUCUUGACUGCUCAAGCUGUUGGCCGUGAGAUGAUCCGCCUCGGCAAGGGUGGCAGCAUCAUCAACAUCGCUUCCAUGUCUGGCAGCGUGGUCAACUACCCACAAGAGCAGUCCUGCUACAACGCAUCCAAGGCUGCAGUGGUGCAGCUGACCAAGUCGCUGGCCGCAGAGUGGGCUCGUUACGGAAUCCGAGUCAAUGCCAUCAGCCCUGGUUACAUGGACACUGCCCUCAACCGUGUGCCUGCCCUCGAGGCCCAGAAGCGCAUCUGGGUUGACCACACCCCACAGAAGAGGCUCGGCGCCGUGGACGACCUCAACAACCUUGCCGUCUACCUUGCAAGUGACGGAUCUGGCUUCAUGACUGGCAACAACUGUCUCAUCGACGGUGGCUACACACUCUGGUAAAUUUCAGUUGGGAUUGGUUUGACAGCAUUGCGUGGCGUCUCGGCGUUUGGGCUUGGUCCGCAGCAAGGGGCCACAGGGGAAAUCUCAAGGUAUCUUUGCAUGUCGAAAAGUUGUGACGAGUCGGCGCAUCGUUGAUCUGAUAGACAUAGACAACGCGAGUUGCAUGAGACCUAGGAAUUGUAAUUAUUAGGCCAGCUUGGCGAUUUUGAAGCGCGUAGCUUCCAGUGUCCAUGUUCUCGGUGUCACAGAGUCUGGCCGUCCUAUCGCGUUCCAGUACAUGCUGCACAUGCCGACCCAAUGCGCUGGGAACGAUGUGUAACAAUGGAGAAUCGCCAACAACUUGGCCAAUUCCAGCGGUACACGCGUGCGUUCACCUCACUGUACAGGAACUCAAGUACAACGUCCACGACGCUGCUAACAUUCUGCCUUCACACGGGCAGGGCAGCCAUCGGGGAACAUCGCAGUCACCGACAGGCGACUCGGACCAGCAG